CAGAAAAAUCGAAAGCGCCGUCACUAGGUUUUACUUUUCGCCAUUCGUCCAAACGGUUGUUGCAUAGGGAGAAAAUGAAUGAACAAGGAAAUGAUUUUGAUGCGGUUGGAAACAUUCCAAAUCCAAGCGGAGCUGAAAAUGGUGAGGGUGAUCAUAUGAUUGAUGCUACGUCUGGUAAUAAUGAUCAAGAUGGUGGAAGGAUGAUGAGAAACCAUAGGCACACUGCUUAUCAGACUCAAGAACUUGAAAAUUUCUACUUGGAAAAUCCUCUUCCUACUGAGGAUCAGAGGUACGAACUUGGACAAAGGCUUAAUAUGGAGCCUAAGCAAGUCAAGUUUUGGUUUCAAAAUAAACGAUGCCAGAUGAAGAUCAAUAGUGACCGCCUUGAGAAGAUAACUCUUAGAGAAGACCAUGACAGAUUGCUAGUAACUCAGCAUCAGCUUAGAAGCGCAAUGCUACAUAGUUUAUGCAACAUAUGUGGUAGGGCAACUAAUUGCGGAGAUAUUGACUAUGAGGUGCAAAUACUUAUGGUUGAGAAUGCUAAAUUGGAGCGGGAGAUAGAUCAGUACUAUUCCAAAAUCCGUUCCCAUCCCAAUCAAAUGCUGGUCAAUCCAUUCCAACCGGCGCCGCAUUGUUCUUCCUCUAAUCCAGGAAUAAAUGCAACACCAGAACUUGGUUUGGGUGGUGGAACUAGGACGACUGAGAAGGAGAGAUCAAUGUUUUUAAAUCUUGCCAUUACGGCUUUGAAAGAGUUGAUUGAGUUGGAAGCAAAGCACUGUCCAUUUGGGAAGAUAGAUUCAGGAAGCUCUAAAGCAGUAUCAUUGAUCUAUGAGAAGUAUGAAAAUGCUUCCAACAAUGUCAUAAAAACCUCCCGGGCAUGUUGUGGAGGCUUCAAGAGACACAGGUUUAGUCCCCAUGACUUGCUUGACUCUGGUCAAGACUUUUAUGGACACGCAUCAACCCGUAAAGUGAUACCUACCGGUUCUGGUGGAACCAAAAGUGGCUCACUCCAACUGAUUCAAGCAGAAUUUCAAAUAAUUUCUCCGCUGGUACCAAAGAGACAAGUAACGUUUCUUAGAUACUGCAAAGAGCUCAGACAAGGCUUCUGGGUGGUCGUCGACGUUACUCCUGAUCAAAAUCCGACUUUGCUGUCUGAUGGUGGUUCUAAUAGGCUACCCUCAGGCGUUUUCAUAGAGGACAUGGCCAAUGGGUACUCCAAGGUUACUUCUGAAUCCUAUACUUCUAACCUCGGUUAAAUUCUGGUCUCAUGGUAUAGCUUUAUAUAGCCUUUUAGCUCAAUUUACAUAUGCUCAUGAGAUUUAAACUCAAAACGAACGUGUUAUUACUCGCAAUCAUAAUUGAUGAUCUAUCAAAAUCUUGUGUUGUGGAGGCAUAAAUAAAUAGUAAAUGGUUAU